CCACGCGCUUUCCGCCAACCCACCGCAAAACCCCGUCGCCUAGCCAGGGGCAUUUUGGGCAGAUCAAUUUCUCUCUCUUCUUCUCCUCUUCCCUUCCCAAAAUAACCCGGUUCAGUCCACAAACUCCUCUCGCUCUACAGGCUCAUCUCUUUUUAUUCAUCGCCUUCGUUUGCGAUCUCUCUCUUUACCUUCAAAGAGAGAGAGGGAGAGAGAGAGAGAAGGGAUGGGGAUGGAAGUGGAGUUGCCGGAUGACUUCCGCUGCCCCAUCUCGCUGGAGGUGAUGACUGACCCGGUGAUCCUACCGUCGGGACACACCUUCGACCGCGCCUCCAUCCAGCGCUGGCUCAACUCCGGUAACCUUACCUGCCCGGUCACCAACCUCCCCCUGUCCCCCUCCCCCUCCCUCAUCCCCAACCACGCCCUCCGCAGCCUCAUCUCCAGCUUCCUCGCCCAGCGACCCACCGCCAUCGACGCCGCCGCCGACAACCGCGACGCGCUGCUCCUUGCCCCCCUCUCCUUUCCCUCCGAUGCCCCCACCCUCGCCGCCGUCCUCCGCCUCGCCCAGCGCGGCGGCCCCAACUCCCGCCGCCUCGUCGCGGACUCCGGCGCCGCGUCCGUCCUCUUCCGCCACGCCGCCGCCCCCGACCCUCCCGACCUCCAGGACCUCUCCCUCCGCACCCUGCUCCACCUCACCCUCGAUGGUGACGACGCCCGCCUCGGCCUUGUCGCCGAGGGCGCCCUCGACCCCGUCGUCGCCGCCCUUCGCGGCGGCCCCGCCGCAGCCCUCGCCGCCACGCUUCUCACCAGCCUCGCCGUCGUCGACGUCAAUAAGGCGACCAUCGGCGCCCACCCCGCCGCGAUACCUCUCCUCGCAGCGCUCCUCCGCUACGGCGACGGCCGGGAGCGGCGGGAAGCGGCGACGGCACUCUACGAGCUGUGCAAAUUCGCGGAGAACCGGCGGCGGACCGUCCGAGCCGGCGCCUUGCUGCCCUUAGUCCGCCUGACCCGCGAAGGCUCGGAGAGGGCCGUCCGGGUUUUGGGACUUCUCGCCAAGUGCCGAGAAGGUAAGGAAGAAAUGAGGAAGUUGAUCGGAUUCAUUAACGUAUUAUCCGAGGUCCUAAGAGCGGGGAGUCCUCGGGGCAUCGAGCACGCCCUUUUGGUGUUGAACUAUUUGUGCUCGGAUAGCAGAGAGAUGGCUUUCACAGCUAUCAAAGAAGGGAUUCUUGAUCUCUGCUCGGUUUUGGCAGGCGAUAUGAAUCCGAAUAUUGGUAAGAACGCGAUGGAAUUGGUUCUGAGACUUGAAAAGGAGCAAUUUGGUGGCUAUUCAUGAACGAGGUUUUUUCUCCGUCGUUGCUGUUUUGCACUUGGCGAUGCAUAGUGGCAUACGGAGUUUUGAUUCAUCAAGAUACUGCUAGAUGGGUGAUCUGAAAUGCUAGAGAGUAAUCAUUGGGAGUUACAAGAAGAAGGUAUGUUUUUUUGAGUCAAGUGUAAAGAACAUCUAUGGAGAUAUUUAAAUUUGCUCGAGUUUUUGGAGUAAGGUAACCAAUACUAUGGAUCAUUUUAUUGGUUACUAGAUUAUAUUUAAUUCUUGGUUUAUUUGUUUAGCAGUUGAUAGUUCAGUACUUGAUAACUCAUUUUGUUUUGGAGAUCUGAACUAGCUCCUCAAAUGUCUUUGCAUCUUUGAGAAUCUUCUAUUUGUUUUUUCUUUUUAUUCUGUAUUGUUUGUGUUAUUCGGUGUCAAAUUGAAGUUAUUUGCACACGCAUAAGGAUAAGUUGGACACUUUUGAUUGAUGGUGUAGUUUACCCAAAGCACACAUGCAUUAAAAUCUUGUUCAUGAGGAAACGAGGAAGUAUGAAUUCGGUUCAUACAGUGCAUCUUGCAUUAUCUGAAAAAGUAAACAUACAACACAACAUUAGAUCGUUCAGUUAUUUUUUUGUAGUGGACCAACUCUUAAGAAUGUUUUGACUUCAUAUAUGAUACUCAAAAUCUCCUGAAAUAUUUUUUUUCUUAGAGAUUUUAUAUGAAUUGUAUAGUGUAAUACUAGUUUGUAUACGCUGAUGUGUCUCCAUCAUUAUAUACACUUAUCAUUUGACUGCUCUGUAUACUGUUAUUUUCUUCAGUGGUGAGUACUUGAAAGAUCAACUGGAAAACAGAAAUAGAGCCCGUAAUGCAGCUAACAAAAAUAUGAUCAGAACUGUGUUCUAAAGCUGGGAAAAAAGGAAUGAAAAUCAAAGGUACAAGUCUGUAAUGUUCUAAAGCUGGAGAAAAGGAAUGAAAAACAAAAGGAUGCAGGAUGUUAGGCAGAAAUAGGGAGUGGACCACCUUAUAACAUAGAUUGAAUUACAUUUAUCUCAAAUUGGAAUAUAUGAAUUAUAAAAUGGGAAUAAAUUCUGUAAUGCGGGGAACUGGACUUAUUGUAACUAUCUUCGACUGAACUUAAAUUCUA